AGUUUCGAAAAAGGGGCGAAGAUUACGAAAAAAACGACCACGUUCUUGGAAACGAAGUGGCUGUACGGAAAAAGAUUAGUGAUUUCUGGUUUGUGAAUGAUAUUGAUAACUAUUGCUAUGGGGGACUAAACGAUAAUUUCUUGGUGGCGAAGGUGUCUUCACGAAAAAUGGCACGUUUGGAGAACGCACGUUUUGUAGAAAUAAAAUUACAAAGAUGUGGUGCCUGUGCCUGUGGUCACUUUUAUUUAAAGAAUCCCUCAAUACACACUCAAUGCUGGUUGGCAGAUUUGAGGCCUGAUCCUGCCAUCACAAUCAAAAGAUAUGCCAGUUUUGCAUGUGCUGGUAUUUGACCUGUCAUCAGCAACAAUUACAGUACCAUCACGCUUGGAUUAACAGCAUCCUGUUUGAUUGAAUAAACUGCCGAUGUCGGUCGAGUUACGAAUCCCCUUCUUGAAAUCCCCUUGUUUUCGUGUACACCUGCGUGAGUAUGGGUAUUCAAGAGGAUGUGGGUCGCCCCUUUUCCUAACCCACCUGGUGGAUUCAACUAUUCUGCGGAUGAAGCACUUGGGGAUGCCUGGUCGUAUUUCCCAGGCUUAAAGUGGCGGUUUGGUGUGAGUGACCGGCAGGGCGUUGUCGAAAAAUGAAUAACCACAUACGAAUGGAAUACAUGCACCUGCUGCCAUGGAGGCGGCACGUUAAGGAAAACGGAGACGAAGAGCUUGGACUUGAUGACGAUAAUUUAUCUGAAUCCGAAACUCACUACCAUGAUAUCAACAAUCCCCGGGGGUCGGUCUACAGCAAGUACAGUUUGAACGAAGGCGAUUUAAAACUUUUGGGCUUCAUCCGCGAAGAGAAUGGAAUCACUGAAGAGACGGAUGCGAACGGCGAUAAGUUUUGCAGCAGCACUAAUCAGCGCUUGAUGAUGGCCAUCGAGGAUAGGGAUACUGGAGCUGUCGAGUUCUGUUUAAAAAACGGUGCGGAUCCAAACCACCAAUACGGAACGAACAAAAUCACCGCACUUCACUUGGCUACUGUCGGUGCUCCAGAAGCUGUUCAGCCCUUGUUGAAAUACGGGGCUGACGUGAAAGCUGCAGACUCGAGAGGAAUAACGCCACUCCAUUUGGCGGCCGGAAUGGGUUCGGAGGAUCUCGUCCAGCAGCUGAUUGAAGCCGGAGCCGAUACCAACGGUCAGGAUCACGUUAGGGAGAAUGGAGGUGGCCAAGAGACGCCACUCCAUCGGGCGGCCGUUGGGGGCCACUUAGAAGCGUUGCGAAAACUGAUUCAUGGUGGUGCUCAGGUGAACAUUGGUGAAGCUCGAGGACGGACGCCCCUGCACUACGCGGCCCAGCGAGGAGCGACGGGCUGCAUCCAGGCUUUGUUAGAUUACCAAGCCGAUCCUAAUCUUACUGAUAAAAGAGGUGCCACUGCUUUGCUUCUCCUGGGAGGUGGUUACCUCAUCAAAGGACACCGACGAGUUUCAGGGUAUACUGAAAGUGUGGAAACGCUGAUCAGAGGCGGAGCCAAAGUGAAUGUUAAAGAUCCAGACUCGGGAGUCACUCCACUACACCAGGCCGUGACACUCGGUCGACUGGAGUCGACUAAAUUAUUGCUGGCCUAUGGAGCUAAUCUCAUAGCUCAGGACAAUGAAGGUGGAACACCUUUUCACGCGUGUGCCAUCAAAGGACAAGCUUCCACUCUCAAGUAUCUUCUUUCCCAGCCGGGCGCUAAAGACGCCAUCAAUUUGCCGGACUCUAAGGAUCGAAUGCCGCUUCACAAAGCCGCUUACCGUGGAUCAGCCGAGUGCAUUCAACUUCUGCUGAAAGCCGGUGCCGAUCUUGGCGCCAAGACUAAAACGGGACUGAGCGCGGCAACGCUGAUCCUGCAGCUGCCGAACGGAGCGAAAAUAUUGAGCAAGAGGCUGGACGAAUCCAUCAUCUCCAACGGGAUCGAUCCGAGUGAAGUGGCCUGUCGCAUCAAGUUCGACUAUUCCGUCCUGCUGACCAAACACAAGUUUCAGCAGAUGGGAGUCAUCGAGGACAUCAUGGACGACAGACGCCAACGUCGAACGGCCGAUUUGCUCCAGCACCCGGUUAUCGAGUCCUUUCUAUUUCUGAAAUGGCGCAAGAUUCGAUUUAUUUUCUUUUCCAACAUCAUUUUGUAUUUGAUCCUGGUGGCCGGAGUGUCGGCCUACGUCCUGUCGAGCGUCUGGAAUGAUCCAGGCCCCUCUUCCGCAACGACAACGACAGUUCCGCCACUGAACUUAAGCGAAACGGUGGCAGGAUCCGACGUUCAAGUAACCAAUCGCUUUGCUUCCGAGCCGGAAAGCGUCAUGCAAUUGCAGUUGUCGCUAAACAUCGUCAUUUUGAUCAUCAUCUUUCAAGAGGUGAUACAGUUUACCUCGCUGCACUAUCAAUACUUCCGCGAACCGGAAUCUUGGAUCAAAAUCGGGGCUCUGGUCACUUCGACGAUUGUCAUUUUCUCGGCUCCUCCUUGGCCAGACUGGGUCCAUCAUGUCUCAGCUGUGGCCGUUCUUCUUGGCUGGUCGGAAGUCACUCUACUCCUUGGAAGAUUGCCGACCUUUGGAGUGUACGCCCUGAUGUUUUACGCCGUGGCCCAGCAUCUUGUCAAGUUCAUUUUCGUCUUCUUCUUCUUCUUGGCCGGUUUUUCGUUCAGCUUCCAUCUGAUUUUCAAAGAUCGACACGAAGCUUUCGGCUCUCCUUGGACUUCACUACUGCGCACAUUUGCCAUGAUGAUUGGUGACACCGGUUACGACGAGUAUUUGACCGAAGGCAAUUUCAACUUACAAGGGACGGCCCACGUCAUCUACUUCUUUUUCCUCAUUCUGGUCUCACUGAUUUUGAUGAACCUGCUUAUCGGUUUGGCCGUCAACGACAUCCAAGGACUUCAGAAUGAAGGGCGCGUCAAGAGGUUGCGCAAACAGGCGGAAUACAUCGUCUACUUGGAGGACAUUGUCAGCAACAGGUUCCUGCGAUGGCUACUCUUCUGCUCCAGCAUCAUGCAGUGGUUAAACUCGUGGAUCAACCUGGAGCCCGUUUUCACUUUUAGUCCGGCCGGACGGAAAAUGAAGACGGUCGUUUUGCCGUCGUCUACAGUCGAGCGGGCCGUGGUCAUAGUGCAAGAGGGCCGGGCUCCGUUGGAGAGUAUGACGAUCAGUGACACCUACAAUUUACUGCACGAAUGCGUAGCGUCCAUCGGCACUCUCCGGCAGAGAAUCGAAAGCCUGGAACAAGGUUUAGUCGGAUCGUCGACAGCCGUACCGCUUCCCGAUUCCGGAUCGUUGGAGAACGUCGAGCACAAAGGAGAUUCUGGCGUCGCUCAGGAUCAGGAUUCUGGCGAAAAUCAUGAAGAUUCCGAUUCAUCCGUUUCCGAAUUGGAUUACCCCAAAAGUCACAAAGGGGAGGCCGACGGUAGUGGAGAUCAUCUGGACGGACCGUACGGCAGGUUAGGUAGAUCGUUGUCGCGCAAAACCACAAAGACGACAGUGCUAAAGCGCUCCAUUCAGUCAGAGUUAAUGGACAUAAAAAGAAUGUUAAUCACACUCACUUCCCAAAAUGAUAUCUCACCUUAAAACUAUGUUAAUUAUUAUUGCACCGGAGUUUCUAUAAAUCCGAUAAGUUAUUGUUACGUAACAACCUUUUCCGUUCUACAUCAGUUUAACUGAUUCUCUUCGCAUUUUCCUGUUUUUGAUACUUUCAAUUUUACUUGCUUGUGAUACAAUUCAACAAUUGAAUAUUUAAAUCUUAUCACCAAUCAAGCCAUCAACUUAUUUUGUAAACUAGAAAAUCACGAGUAUUUUUAAUGGCAUGACAAAAGAAGUAUUUUUGGUUGACAAUUGGUUAUUAUCUGUUAUAUAACCAGGUUGUCAGUUAGAAGUGAAGAAUUAAUUUCUGAAACACUUUCAGUCAGAAUGAUCAAAAGACAUGUUAAUAAGAGAAAAUGAAUGAAAAUGCUCUAAAAUGUCGAUCGAUUGUAUUCGUGAUUUCACGGAGAGGAUGUAUGCAUUGAUUCCAAAUUGUUAUUUAGACAAACUCACUUCCACACUAUGUUAGUAAAGUAAUAACGGAGAACAUAUAAGGGACGUUUAACAAGAGCAACUGCACAACUUAACCUCUGUAUCCACCGUAAUGGCCGCCAUAGCCACCGUAUCCUCCAGAGUGUCCACCAUAUCCUCCAUGACCACCAUAUCCUCCGCGAUAGGCUUUGUGUUUCUUCUCUGCCGUUUCUAGAUCUUCAGCGGCAGUUUCUUCUACGACAGAGCGGCCCUUGCGUCCCUUGUAUUUCUUGUGACCAUGUUCAGCGGCUUCCAAGUCGGCUGUUUCUCCUUCGACAGAGCGGCCUUUGCGUCCCUUGAAUUUCUUAUGACCAUGUUCAGCGGCAUCCAAGUCGGCUGUUUCUCCUUCGACAGAGCGGCCUUUACGUCCCUUGUAUUUCUUGUGACCAUGUUCAGCGGCUUCCAAGUCGGCUGUUUCUCCUUCGACAGAGCGGCCUUUACGUCCCUUGUAUUUCUUGUGACCAUGUUCAGCGGCCUCCAAGUCGGCAGUUUCUCCUCCAACAGAGCGGCCCUUGCGUCCCUUGAAUUUCUUAUGACCAUGUUCAGCGGCUUCCAAGUCAGCUGCUUCUUCUGCGACAGAGCGGCCCUUGCGUCCCUUGUAUCCCUUGUGGCGAUGCUCAGCAGUUUGCAAAUCUAAAAGAGUUGCGUCUCCUUUGACCUGUUGCGUUUCUUCAACGGCUGCCG